UAAUAAUUGUUAAUUGACUUAGAUUUAACUAGCCUCUUUUAUCACAUGUUAUGACCUAUUUUGUUAAUUAUUAGAAAAUAAGUCAACAAAAUAAGAUGAGUCGAGCUGCAAAUAGCAUUAUUCAUACCACUGGUGCUAAGGGAGCCCAACAAAGAGCUGAAGAGGCGUUUGAGCAAACAGGACAAGAAAUUGACCGUCUUCGCCUUUGGGAGCUUACGCAUACCCGUGUUAAUGGACAAGCUUGCAAUGAAGAAACUCAAGAAAAACUUGUUGAUUUGAUCCAUUUUAGGAUUUACUUAAGGAAUUAUCAUCUCAAGUAAAUGAGGGAAUAUUAGAGAUGAAUGAACAUGAGGUGAUGGUAGAAGUAUUUGGACCUGAACGACAUGGACGAGUUCGUGGUUAUGGAGCUGGCGUGACACCUACACAGUUAUGGGGUCCUAGAUCAUUCAUAUUUUCUGAUCUCCAAAUAAAGCUUCAAUGUGCAGAAAAAAAAUAUGAAGACUCUAAAAUAGAGGUGGAAGAUUUGAAGAAAAAAGUAGAUCAUAUGGCAGGAAUACUUGAGCAACUAUUGGAUGGAAGGUUGCCUAUAGUUCAAAGUGAUAACAAUCCUACUUGAUUAAUGCUCAAGACUUUGAUGAGUUUAUGUAUAAUUCAUAUAGCACUAUACAAAAAAAGAACAUUAAUAUGAUAUUAUGAUAUUGAGUAUUGAUUUUGGUACUUGGUGUUAAUUGUUCUUGAUAUACUUAUCAAAUGCUAAAUAAAGAAUGCUAUUUGUACUAGUUUUGAAUCAUGAUCAAUGAUCAAAAUUGCAAAGCUUUUGUUUGAUUUUAUACAAUGAUUAUGUAUGAUAAAGUAAAAGCAUAUUCAUGUCA